UGUCAGGACCUUUGGACCAAACACUGCAACAUGACCAGGAAACUACAAAACCCGAGUCUGGAAGAUGGCAAGAGAAAAAGGGUUCUGAAACCAGUCGUGGAAAAGAAGAGAAGAGACCGAAUAAAUCAAAGUCUGGCUGAACUGAGAAGUUUGCUGUUGAAUCAUACGUCUGAUCCACGGCUGCAGAAUCCUAAAAUAGAGAAAGCAGAGAUUCUUGACUUGGCUGUGGAAUAUGUUCAGAAGUUGACAGGUGGGAAGACGCCGAGAAAGGACUCUACUGAUGGUCACGUGAAGACUCAUGCUCCUGUGGUCAGCCUUCAUCGUCCAGAGUCUAAUGCUCCUACUCUCUUCACCAUUGAGAGUGCAGGCUUUCAGCAGUGUGUGGCCCAGCUGAGCAGCUACAUGCACAAAAUAACACCAGCCCAGAGAACGAACCUGCUCAAGGGGCUUAAACAUCACACCGAGAGCCAGCAGCCAAACAAUAUUAAACCAGACUUCAACCACAGAUUGAGUGAGACUGAGGCGGCUAAAGGACCAGAUGGAAUAUGUGUGGACGCCAUUUGCACAUCUGAGAGGAGGUUUCCAUCUUGCUCCCCCUUUCAGCCUCCCUCUUGCUCCACACCGUGUCACGACUAUCUGUCUCCUCCUCCCUCUCCCUGGCUUUCUCCUUCUUUUUCCACAUAUGUCACCUCUCCUCCUUUCCCGUCAUUUACCUCUCACUUCUCCUUCCCCCCGAGUCUGUCACCUCUGUCUUCCAACACCUCCUUCUUUAGUUUCUCGCCCACGGCUCCUCACACUGGCCCUCCUGGCCUCCACUGCCCCCCUCUCAUCACAUUGGGAUCCCCUCCACACCCUGCACAGAGGGAGGGGUCACCAACAAACUCCUCUUUGUCCAUGUGGAGACCUUGGUUUUGAUCAAGUGGAUCAGAGACUGAAAACUGAGAACAGCAGAGCCACCUAGUGGGAACUAGCUGUAAUCGUCUGUGGAG